AUUUUCCUGAGGAAGGAAACGCCUUUAACAAGGAAGCAAACAUCAACUGUGUCAGUUUUUUUUUUUUUCAGCCAAAGUAGGUCCCCAUCACCAGUCGCCAUGGGGAAUGUGUUUGGAAGCAUCUUUCAGCAUUUGUUUGGGAAGAAGGAGAUGAGGAUCCUUAUGGUGGGUUUGGAUGCCGCUGGAAAGACAACUAUUUUGUACAAGCUGAAACUUGGAGAGAUUGUGACUACCAUUCCCACAAUAGGUUUCAAUGUAGAGACUGUGGAAUACAGGAACAUCAGUUUCACAGUAUGGGACGUUGGUGGUCAAGACAAAAUUCGACCUCUGUGGCGUCAUUACUUCCAGAACACACAGGGUCUCAUAUUUGUUGUGGACAGCAACGACAGAGAGCGAUGUACGGAGGCUCGUGAAGAGCUCGCAAGAAUGUUGUCAGAGGACGAGUUGCGUGACGCCGUGCUAUUAGUGUUUGCCAACAAACAAGACCUUCCAAAUGCUAUGAAUGCAGCAGAACUCACAGACAAGUUGGGUCUUCACAACCUACGCCAGAGGAACUGGUACAUCCAGGCGACCUGCGCCACCACUGGGGACGGCCUGUACGAAGGACUGGAUUGGUUGUCUAGUCAGCUCAAAAAACAAUAAUCGUCGGCUAUCCACCCCAAUCUCAGACCAUGCUCUCUACUCUUAAAGUUAAAAACUGAGUUCCCCUCUCCAAAAAGAAGUAGUGGAAGUUGCCCUUACCUCAGCAGUUAUUGUCAUAAACAUACAGGCCAGUGGUGGGGAUGAUCUAUUCUUGUAAAGCUGUCAGGUUUUAUUAUUUUAUUUUAUGUAACUGUAAAUAUAUUCGGUAACGGGGCAGCUUAUUGCACUCUACAAAUCCUGUUGUGGUUAUUUCUCUUUCAGGGCUGAGGGGCAGCCGUGUGUGAGUUGAAUAAGAAAAGGGUGAGGAAUAAGAAUUUAUCAGCAUGAUGUCGCAGGACCUCAAUGCAAUCUGAUGACUUAUUAUCUGGUCACAUGUACUGUAGCGGGUGAUGGGCUUUUAAUAAUAAUAAAUAGAUAAAAAACUGACAAACACUGAUGCACUACUUGCAGCCACUGUGGUUACUUUAACAAGUGACUGCAUGUACCAGCCCCCCCCCCCCCCCCCCCUCCCCAAAUUACCAUUCAGUAAACACAGGCCUCUUUAUACUGACUUCCCUUUUUUUCCAAGUUUAAAGUCCUGUCUGUGAACACUUACCAGCCUUUUGUUAUACAGUAAGUCGAAUUGAGAAAUGCUGCAACAAUCUCACGUCUACCGGCUUCGUAGUUGUUUUGAAAGGCAGUAUGUCGAGACGGCGUUGGCUCUUUUUUCUUUUUUUUGUUGUAUUUUUGGGUCUCAGGUUUAUCAUGUGCUGCCUUUUUGCAAUAUACUUGUUGGCAAAAGUGCAUGAUGUGGUCUCUGUUGGGUCUUUAGGGUCGUGUGUGUGUGUGUGUGUGUGUGUGUUCACUGGGUGUUUACAUCAUCAGGCUGCACGGGAAACCAUUAUUUCCACAGCCCUAUCCUGUAACUUUGUGUGUACUGUGUUCGGUAAUUGUAACUAAAAUAAGUCGCACAACACAAUGGCCCUUCUGUCUUCACUUGAGGAACAUUCAUGCCUUUUUUUUUUUUUAUUUAUUUAAUUUUUUUAAAUCAAAAUCUGAGAAGUGGCGAUAUAAAAAAAAAAAAAAUCAAUUUCAGCUACAUGUCUUAACGAAGUGCCGGUAUUUGUUCCUCUGCAGCGUUUUGGGGGUUAACGAGGAGCCGAACAUACGCCUUCUCGUCCGAGACGCCCUUUUUUUUUUAGUUUUUAGAGCUUCUUUUGAAAAGGUGUGGGUGUCGCUUUACUGCUCUGAACAUGUCUUGAGGGUGCAUCGAACAGUUUUUUGGGGGGGGAUUUAUAACUGCCUAAAAUUGUGAGAACUACGUUAAUCUCGUGUGUGUGUUUUUUUAUGUAAAGAUUUUUGUUUUGUGAGGAAAAAGCACUAAUUAAAGUGACUGGAUAAUUUUCAU